CUGCCCUGAUAAAUAGCACCAUGGACCAGGGAGGGUUUAUCUGCCUGACUCUCGUCUCCACAGCAGAGUCUCUCCUCCUCCAACAACACCUCUGUGACCAUGUCUGUAAGAGCUGUGAAGACCACCACCUUCUCCACUGUAUCCUCCUCCAGGGGCCCCUCCCAGGGCUUCAGCAGCCGAUCCUUCUCCGGCUAUGGGGGUCGUGGAGUGGGCAGUGGUAGACAGAGCUAUGCUGUCCGCAGUUCCUAUGGAGGAGUGGGCAGUAGUAGUGGUGGUGCAGCUAUGGGUGCAGGGGGGUUCAAAGUCGGUGGGUAUGUUGCUGGGGGGUCCGGACAAAGAGGAGGUGGGGUAGAGUUUGGUUAUAUGGGCUUUGGUGGAGGUAUGGGAGGUGGUAUGGCCAAUGAAGUGGUGGCCCCCAUCACUGCUGUGACAAUUAACAAGAGCCUGCUGGCACCCCUGAACCUGGAGAUUGACCCCACCAUCCAGGUCAUCCGCACCGAGGAGAAGGAGCAGAUCAAGACCCUGAACAACCGCUUUGCAUCCUUCAUCGACAAGGUUCGCUUCCUAGAACAGCAGAACAAAAUGCUUGAGACCAAGUGGAAACUUGUGCAGGAACAGACCACAUCCCGCUCCAACAUUGAUGCUAUGUUUGAAGCCUACAUCGCCAACUUGCGUAAGCAGCUUGAUAACCUUGGACAUGAAAAAGUCAAGCUUGAAUCUGACCUGCAGCACAUGACGGGUCUGGUCGAGGACUUCAAAAACAAGUAUGAAGAUGAAAUCAACAAGCGAAACGAGUGUGAGAACAACUUUGUCCUCGCAAAGAAGGACACUGAUGCAGCCUACAUGAUGAAAGUGGAUCUAGAAGCCAAACUGGAUGGGCUCUCUGAUGAAGUGGAGUUCCUGAGGCAGAUCUAUGAUGCAGAAAUCAUGGAGCUGCAGAGCCAGAUCAAGGACACUUCAGUUGUAGUGGAAAUGGACAACAGCCGUAACCUGGACAUGGACGCCAUUGUUGCUGAAGUGCGCGCUCAGUAUGAAGACAUUGCAAACAGGAGCAGAGCCGAGGCAGAGUCAUGGUACCAGAACAAGUAUGCUGAGAUGCAGCAGUCGGCAGGACGAUAUGGUGAUGACCUGAAGUCAACCAAGGCUGAGAUCGCUGACAUGAACCGCAGGAUAAUGAGGCUCCAGUCUGAGAUCGACAUUGUCAAAUCACAGCGAAACAGUCUUGAGGCUCAGAUCGCAGAGGCCGAGGAGCGCGGCGAGAUGGCAGUGAAGGAUGCUAGACUCCGCAUCAGAGAGCUGGAGGAAGCUCUGCAGAGAGCCAAGCAAGACAUGGCCCUGCAAGUCCGCCAGUACCAGGAACUGAUGAACGUCAAACUUGCUCUGGACAUUGAGAUCGCCACCUACAGGAAACUGCUGGAGGGAGAGGAGGACAGGUUACUAACAGGAAUCAAGACCACUGUAUCCAAGUCGACAUCUAUGAACUACAGCGCCUACGGCCUGGAGAGCUCCCGCACACCGUCCUACGUCAGCUGCUCUUUUGGUGGAGCCAGGGCCAGCAGCGGCUCUGACGCAGCACUAGAGGGAGCCAGAGUGAAGAGCACCACAGUCACCAAGACAGAAACUGUGGUGAUGAAAAGCGAGGAGAAGAAGGAGGAGGUGGAGGUGAAGAAGGAGGAGGAGGAGGAGGAGGAGAAGCAGCAGGAGCAGCCUCAGGCAGCAGCCGAGGAGCCAGCAGCUGAGGAGAACAAGGAGCAGGAGGAAGUGGAGGCGGAAGCUGUGGCAGAGGAGUGAUGAUUCCCACAUCUUGACAGAUUUAUGAUUUUGGUUUGUGGAGGUUAAGACAGAAAGUACACUUACACUGCUUUCCUCCCUCUAAUGUUAGAGAUUCAUUCCUUGACUUUCCUUCUCUGAAAAAAAAAAAGUCUGCUGUAAGAGGUGUAAGCGCGACUUUCCUUCUGAUUUCUUAAUAAAGAGGUGCUAAUGAAUGAGGCUCUGCUGAAUGUAUGUGUCUGCAUCACUGUGUCCUGUCUGUCAAUUGCACCACAGUUUAUUAGCCAGCAGGUGGCACUGUUCUCUUAUUCUUUCCUCUUCUGCUGUACCUUGUUUGACCAACUCGAAGCACUGCUGUCCCAUUAGCCUGCACUUCACUAUGAAAUAACAUAACAGUUAAAGAAAAAUCAACACUGAUGAUGCUGAACUCCUUGUGCUAAACCUGCUGUAUGGAAACACUUAGGAGAGCUUCAGUCACUUCAGUGGUCACAGCUUUAAGUAGGUAAUCACUCUCAGUGCAUUACCUGGAGUCCUGUUUGCUUGACAAUAAAACUUCUUCUAACUGUGUCUAA